CCGGGUCAGCGGCGUGCGCAGCGCCGCGUCCCGCCCCGGUCCCGGGCCUCCGCCGCGCCGGCUGGGGCUGCCGGACCCGGCCCAGGUAGGCGGCGGCUGGGCGGGGCAGGGGGGCCGGUCCCCCACGGCAGCCGGGCUGGAGGCUCACCAGGGGGCGCGGCUAGCGCAGGACGCCCGGGUUCUGCUCCCCAGCUCGGCCCCUGGCCCGCGGGGCGACUCGCGGGUCCUUUCCCCGCUCCGUGCCUCAGUUUCCCCCUCUGCGCAAGCGGGCUAAGGAGCCCCGCCGCCCUUUGUAAAGCAAAGCGCUAGGGCGCUGGGACAUUAGAGGCGGGUCCAAUGUAUUUUGCUGAGAUCCAGUGGGCUCUGCUGGACCCUGCUCCGAGGCCCGUCUACAGGGACAUGGUUCCAGAGAACUACGGGACGCUCCUCUCUCGGGAUAGCAGCAUGAUUAACCCAGCCCUGCAGCAGGGAGGCCCCGAGACAACACAGCCCCACGGGACAUUACCAGGGAUGAGAUCCGAAGGGAACGUUUACCAGGCCCCAGGCCACGCAGCCACCUGCCAGAGCCAGGCCAGGCCAGCGGGAAAGCCAUGGAGCAAAACAGCUGCCGACAGUGAGGGCCUGAAGAAACUCAAAGAGGGCAGUGCUGCCGUGCAGCGGGUCCAGGGUCUGCAUCUCCCCCAGCCCGGGGGGAGCCAGACCGUGUGCACCCAGUGCGGGGGCAGUUUCGGCCAAAGUGUGCGCCCUGCCCAGCUGCUGCCCCAGCCACCCCAGCCACGGGUCCCGGCGGCAGAGAGAUUCUACCAGUGCCCUGACUGUGGGAAGAGCUUCUCGGUCAGCUCGCACCUGACCAUCCACCGGCGGAUCCACACGGGGGAGAAGCCCUACCAGUGCGGCGAGUGCGGGAAGAGCUUCAGCCAAAGCUCAACCCUGGUGCUGCACCGGCGCACCCACACCGGGGAGAAGCCCUACAAGUGCACCGAUUGUGGGCGGAGCUUCGCCGUCAGCUCCCACCUGGCCAAGCACCAGCGCAUCCACACGGGGGAGAAGCCUUACCAGUGCCACCACUGCGGGAAGCGGUUCAGCCAGAGCUCCACCCUCAACCUCCACCAGCGGACCCACACAGGGGAGCGGCCGUACCGCUGCACCGAGUGUGGCCGGGGCUUCUCGGUCAGCUCCCACCUGACCAUUCACCGGCGGAUCCACACAGGGGAAAAGCCUUACCGGUGCGGCGAGUGCGGCAAGAGCUUCCGGCAGCGAUCAGGGCUCAUCACCCACCAGAGAAGCCACGCAGCACAAAGACCCUACAAAUAAAGAGGGUGCACGGAGUGCGGCAAGGGCUUCAGCCAGAGCUCCCACCUGAUGCGCCACCUGGGCACCCACACAGGGGAGAAGCCCUACAAGUGCGGGGCCUGCGCCAAGAGCUUCACCCAGAACUCCAACCUGCUGCAGCACCAGCGCAUGCACACGGGCGAGAAGCCCUACCACUGCCCGCAGUGCGGCAAACGCUUCUCCUGGAGCUCCAACCUCAUCCAGCACCAGCGCCUCCACACCGGCCAGAAGCCCUUCCAGUGCGCCCAGUGCGGCAAGCGCUUCUGCGAGAGCUCCCGCCUGCUGGAGCACCAGCGCAUCCACACCGGUGAGAAGCCCUACCGCUGCCCGCAGUGCGCCAAGAGCUUCAGCCGCAGCUCCCACCUCAUCCGCCACCAGCGCAUCCACACCGGCGAGCGCCCCUACAAGUGCACCCAGUGCGGGAAAAGCUUCAGCCAGAGCUCGGCGCUCAUCCUGCACCACAGGACCCACGCGGCCCACCCGCUCUGAGCAGCCUGCCAGGGGAGGGGCGGGGCGAGGGAUUGCACACUGCUCAUGCCUUAUUAGAGACCCAUGCUUGGAGUAAGGACACGCCGGGCAUGUGGGCAAAGGGUUCCCGUUGGAGUGCAAUGCUUGUUCCGCCUUGGAUACAGGUGAGCUCAGGGCUUAUUACACUUGGGAGAAUCCACAGGGGACACGUGGACAAAGGGCUUCUGUGGGAGAUCACUGCUUAUUAGAUCUUGGAGGAUCCACGUGGGAUGGUGACCGUGGACACGGGGGAGCUCAGCGCUUGUAACGCCUCAGAGAGUGCAUGUGGGUUGGUGACAGUGGACACGGGGGAGCUCAUUUUUGUGACACCUUGGAGAGUCCAUGGGGGAUGGUGACCGAGGACAUAUGGGAGCUCAUUCUUUGUGAUACCUCGGAAAGUCCACGGAGGAUGGUGACUGAGGACACAGGGGAGCUCAGUGCUUGUAACACCUCGGAGAGUCCCUGGGGGGCGGGGGAGGGGAAAGACUCUCUGUCCACCUGGGGGAAAGAUUCCUUUUGAAUUCACAACGUAUUGCACGUGUCCCAGCAAAAAGAAACCCAGAGCAAGGAGUUUAAUCAUAGUGGACAUGUCCUCUGUGGAUCUGUGUUGCGCUCGUUGGUACCUUAGCUGCCUACAGAAUGGAAACCACGGGAGAAAAGUGUAUGAGGGGGGAGAAGGAGGUGUGGUUACACCUGGCAGAGACUCCGCUCGGGGAGAAAUCACUAAACUAGAGGAAAAAUAAACCCAAGAAAUGCAACUUCUUCACCCGUCGCUCGCCAGUGCGUCCAGUUCUGGUGCCCACUAUUCAAGAAGGAUAUUGGUGAAUUGGAGAGGGCUCAGAGAAGAGCCACGAGAAUGAUGAAAGGAUACGAUUUAGUCACGGAGGUCACAGAUGCUCUUAUGUUUUAACGGACGUCUGUGACUUCUUCGGCUUCAACCCGCCCCCUGCGGCAGUGGUGGGGGCCGGAGCUGCCUCCUGCCGCGCAGCCAAGGUGGUCAGCGGCUGGGGUGGUUAGUGGCUGUGGCCAGAACAGUCAGCAGAUGGGCCUGGAGCUGUCCCCCCUCCAUCCCCCCCACAGCAGCUGUGGCCGUCCUCCCUUGCCACUGGCUGGGGCCAGGGCUGUCCCUUCCUUCCCCCCACCCCAGCAGCUGGGGCUGGGGUUGUCCCUCCCCCAUUGUCCCAAUGGCUAUAGCUGGUCCUGGAGUUGGAGCUGUUUCCUCUCCCCUCCUCCCCCCUAGUUAUUUUUAGUAAAAAUCUCAGACAGGUUGCAGGCUUCCAUGAAUUUGUGUUAAGUGCCUGCGACCUGUCUGUGACUUUUACUAAAAAUAACCAUGACAAAAUCUUAAUCUCCACAAUGAUUAAAGGAUCCUAAAUCCUGCCUCAUAGUGAGAGACCCCAUGAGCUCAGUCUGUUCAGCUUAACAUGGAAAAGGUUGAGGGACGACUUGGUCACAGCCCGAUCCAACGGCUGGAAGCUGAAGCCAGACCAAUUCAGACUAGAAGUAACAUUUUAACUGUGAGGGUGAUGAACGAUGGGAACAAGGGUGGUGGUGGAUUCUCCAUGGCUGGCCAUUUUAAAAUCAAGAUUGAAUGGUUCCCCGCCCCCCAAAAGAUCCGCGCUAGUUCCAACGGGGAUUCUCUGGCCUGUGCUACGCAGGAGGUCAGACUAGAUGAUCCCCGUGGUCCCUUCUGGCCUUGGGAUCUAUGACCCUAGGAAAGUCCAUCCUGGCACCACUGGCUCCGAGAUGGUGCUGGUGGCAAUGGGCGAAAUUCCACCUGCAUGCUGAGAGGCAGCAACCUAAUGACGUCGCCCUGCCCAAGUCUUAGUCUGAAGGCGUAAGCCGGAUUUACCUGGAGGACAGGCCUUUUUAAAAAUUAAUUAGUUUAUUAGGGUAGUGCUCACUGGUCAGCUGAGAAUGGGGCCCCAGUGUGCGACACAGACAUUGAGUAGUAGAAGAGCUGCCCCGAACAGCUGAUGAUCUGAACAGACAGGACCGGCACUGGGCGGGGACGGGGGGGGAGGGGAAUACUGCACCGGCAGAGCGAAGAACAGGAAGGCUGGUGCAUCGCACUUCAAGAAUCCCCUAUGGAAAUUGUACAUAUUAAGGGCAAAGCAAAUGCGGGCUCUGAUACACGGCCCAGGCACAAAAGCUCUGAAUGGAUGCUUAUUAACAGCCAGUGGCUGCCCUUACUGUAAGAAGGGAGGUGUGACCCAGAGACCCCUUGAGGCAAACAGCCAGAGGGCAUAAGGGGGCCCGUGGGGUUUCCAGGGAUCUCCUGGGUCUAUCGUCUACCUAAUAGUGCGCCAAAGGGUGGCGCGUGAGGUCUCUGCAAAGAGCCAGUGAUGCUCUGGUCAUCUUAAGCUUUGUGAAAUGGAUGGUAUUUAAGGAGUUCUGUCUCCAUACUGAGGUUCUUAAGGUGCAUUAGUUAAGAGUGGACAUCAGAAGGUGAUAAACAGGUUUUGUUCCGGCAGUGGGUAGGAGACACUUGGCUCCCUGGCUGACCAUUGUGCGUCUCACGAUGUGUAUCUGUUUGCACUGCUCAUCGAAGUUUGCAAAAUCUACAAGAAAGACGCCUACAAGGGGUGUGUGUGUGUGUGUGGGGGUGUUCCAUGAUUUUUUGAGAGGGAGGUUGGAGGGGAUCAGCUAAAGGGAACGGAAGGAGGGGCAAGUGUAGACUGAAGAUGAGGUGAAGAGACUGUGAGAAGGGAGGAGGAGGCCUGGAGCAAAAGCUGAUCAGCACAGGGCAGGGACAGGCCGGUCAAAGCUGUAGAUUGUUCUCUGAAGGACCAGAAGUCCUGGCUUUGGCUGCUUUUGCCCCCUGCUGGCUGGCUCCUCUCUGCAGUUUUUCCCCAAGGCCAUGUGAGUGGUGGGGGGCAGGGGGGAGUGGAGGCCAAGUUCCCCUAGAACAGGGGCAGUCCAUUUAUUUUGUCAAGAUCCAUAUUUCCUGGUCAAGGUCCAGACUCCAGAGAAAAUAAUAAAAAAAAAUCAGUAAUGAUAAUGGUAAAGUAAAUUAAAAUAUUUCAGGGUCCGUUCAAAAGUGACUGGUGGUCUGGAUUUGGCCCACAGUCUGCCUAUUGGCCUGCCCUAGAGUGUGUGUGUGUGUGUGUGUUUCCCCUGCAUAGGUCUGGGUCCAGCAAGGUGCUGGGGCUUGUACUGGUUUCUCCACACAGAAGUGGAUUUUGCUCACUGCUACCAGCACUGUCUAUCUCAGUGAUCCAAUUCUAGCCUUGUUUUUUGGGGGGAGGAGCGCUGGGGUCUGCAAUAAAAAAGGUUGCAGAUAGGAGAUUAUUAUCAGCAUUUGUGGAAGAAGAAAGGUCGGAGCCUCUUUUUCCCACUGGCUCUGAGUGUGACGGGCCGGAGAGGAAAUCCAUGGACUAGAGAUGUGGGAGACAAUAAUACACCAAAGGUACUGACCAAAGCCAGCUGUGUGAUGGAUGGAUGAGUGGAACCCGUGGCAGACCAGCCUGAAUGUUCCGAGUCCUGGGAAAUGAGGCGUUGGGCACAUGUGUUGCUGAAAACAUGCGGGUGAAACUGUUGGGCUCUGAAAGAGCCACCUGUUUGUGGAGGUGAGAGCAAUGGGGCUCUCUCUGACCCCAAUAUCUAAGGGGGGAGGACUGACCAAAACACUUGCUGAUGGCAGACAAAGAAUCCUUGAGGGAAAGCCAUAGCCAGCCGGCAAGAAACUGCUUUAUGAAGGGGGUAGAAAUCCAGCUCCUCAUCCAAAGACUGCUGCAGUCAAUCACCAGUCACCCAUUUGAAGUCAACAGAUUCUGGAUCAGGCUCUAGUUCUGUGGCUCAGACACAUGGCAAAUCAAGGGGAGGUUCCGUUACUGCUUCCUGUGAAAUGGAGGGUCUGAACGUGUCUCUCUGGGUAGGUCAGAGCAGCACGGAUGCUGCAGGAGGACAUACAGAGCCCCUGGGCUCUCAUCCCGUCUCUGGAGUGCACUCUGGGCAAAGUGGAGUGAGAGAGCUGAAGACCCUGCUACAGUAGAUGAAUUUAUUACACUAGCCUGUUUGGGAUGUAAUUCUCUGCAUUGAAGUCUGGGAGUUGCUUCUCUUUAUGUCCGUCCCUCCCCGCCCCGUGUGUGUGUACCUGAGUGCAUGGCUCAGUGAGGGGGAUUCGGUACUGAGGUAGCUGGGAUCCAGAAUUUAUAGAGGGGAAUGUAAAUGUCCCUAGCUAAUAUUUCUUUGAUUUUUUUUUUUUUGGGUGGGGGUGGCGGGGAAGGUUUAAGAACCCAGUGAUCAUUCCUGGUCUCAGCCAAUGAUUAUUAAAUGGUGAUUUUUACAAUUCAACCCCAGGUAGAUUGUGUAAAGUGAAAACUUCUUUUGUGCAUUAAGCUCAAACUGGGUUUAUCCAAGAGUGGUUCUCCGUUCCUCAAUAUCCUUUCUCCUAUAGCUCCUGGCUCAUGUCCCCAGAUAUUAAAAGGCAUUUGACUGGGUAAAGUGGACUAUGGUACAGCGCUUCUAUGGCAAAAUCGCUUCAGAAUGAAUCUCGUGAGCUGGUUAAAUUCCCCAGAUAAACUCUGCAAAUGUCAGAAUCUCAAGGGGAGCAAAAGUUUCAACUAGAGCGAGGUGAAGUUUUGGAUGAGACUUUUUUUUUUUUUUGCGCUAACAAAUGCAGAUUCUGGUUGACUGAAACAUUUUAGGCAUUUGGUUUGAGUUUGUUGUUUUGGUAAAAAAAAUUAAAAACACCCGCCCUCCAAAAAAAACCCCUCCAAACAUUCAGAAUACAAAUAUUUUCUUUCAAUAUUUUUGAAAUAAAGUGUUUUGAUUCAAAAUGACUUUUUUUUUUUUUUUUUUUAGAAAUUUCCUUCACUCUUUUAUUUAUUUAUUGUUUUUAAAAGGCUCAAAAUCAAAACAAAAUGAAACAUUUUGGGUCAAACUAUUUUUUUAAUGUUUUUGCUGAAAUUAAAAAAAAAUUGUUUCUGGUCAGCCCCGAAUGAUUUAAAAAAUUGAGGCUAGUUUUUGGAACUGCCAGUGAAUCAAAAAAAAAAAGUUAUUCACACAGCUCUAAUUUUAACUCUGUUAUGUAUUGCAGGGAUGCAUCUAACAUUGGCUGCAACUUUCACACCUAUCUGCCCUUUUUCUCAAGCCCUUAGCUACUAAAGCUGUGUCUGCACUGGGGGAAAAAAGGUGUGUUCUUAACUCAAAUUAAAUAACAUGAUGUAAAAUCCUCGUGAACUUCUGUUAGCUAAAUUAAGGACACAUUUUUUUUCCCUCGUGAAGAUGCACCCUUGGUUUGGAGAAUUCAGGGAUCUUUAAAGGUCUCUUCCAACCUUAAUCGUCUAUGUUUCUAUGAAUCUUCUCUGGGCAAGAACAUGGUAAAGUAUAUGUCUUCACUUGUGUAAAGUGAAAACUUCUUUUGUGCAUUAAGCUCAAACUGGGUUUAUCCAAGAGCGGUUCUCCGUUCCCCAGUAUCUGUUCUCCUAUAGCUCCUGGCUUAUUUCCCUGGACACUAACAGGUAUUUGACUGGGUAAAGUGGCCUAUGGUACAGAACUCCAAUGGCGAAAGAACUAUUUAUCGGAAACUCACCCUCUUCCUGCCAAAGUCCCCUCUGUCUUGUCCUGGUUCUGUUUCAUCAAGACUGGAUGCCUUUCUGGAAGAUAUACUUUAGUGAAACAGGAGUUACUGGACCCAAUGCUGGGGUGACAUAGUGAAAUUUAAUGGCCUGUGAUAUCCAGGGGCUCAGGCUAGAUGCGCUAAUGAUCCCUUUCAGCCUUAAAGUCUGUUAAUUCAAAAAAAUGCUCUGUAUCUUCAGGUCUCAGGUGCAACGGUGAUGGGGAACUUCGUUGGCCCCCUUUACCGCAGUAUCUGAGAACCCCACAUUUUUAAAUGUAUUUAUCCUUCAGUAUAGAUACUAGCUAUGCUGCCAGGAGGGUCUCUCCCAUCGGCAUUGGCAAUCCACCUCCCUGAAAGGCAGGAACUAAGUCGACAGGAAACCUUUGUGAUCAUCUCAUCUCUCCUGUGUAGCACCGGCCAGAGAAUCUGCCCCAAAGCUUCACUACCCUCACUGUUACAAAUGCAUGCCUUAUUUUAGUUUGAAUUUGUCUGGCUUCUUCUCCCAGCCAUUGGAUCUUGUUAUGCCUCGCUGAUAGGACCGCACAGUGUGGAGAUGUCUCCGCCCAGAUUGGGCCUCCGUUGUGCCAGGUGCUGUACAGACAUACAACAAGAGACAGUCCCUACCCCAAAGGGCUUACAGAGUACUGACUGCUCUCUAUAAAUACAUCAGGGGCUGAACAAUAGGGCGGCAGAAGAGUUAUGGAAGCUAAAGGACAAUGUUGGUGUCAUGGAGUCCCUGGGCGAUGCUCUGGAACUGCUCCCUACAAAGCCAGGCAGGACUCUGGUGAAGUCUCCUCUCUGUGAGCAGACUGCCUUCAGGGCAAAAAGCUUCCACGGCUUCCACCUUUCUGGGUCUGACCUCAGAGCAUUUAGCAUCCUCUGCCCCUCCAUGCGCUUCCCACAGCAAGUCUGCCCAGGCGGGGUCCUGGGGAAGCCAGAGGGUCCUGCACCCCAACUCCGCAGUCAGACAUGACUUUUAGCCAGCCAGCAAAACAGAGGUUUAUUAGACGACAGGAACAUGGUCUAAAACGGAGCUUGUAGGUACGGAGAACAGGACCCCUCAGCCGGGUUCAUUUUGGGGGGCAGUGAGCCAGACAACCACGUCUGCCCUUUACUUCUUGUUCCCAGCCAGCCCCUCCUCCUUUGGGCUUUGUCCCUUUUCCGGGCCAGGAGGUCACCUGAUUCCUUUGUUCUCCAACACCUUUAGCUCUCACCUUGCAGGGGGGAAGGGCCCAGGCCAUCAGUUGCCAGGAGACAGAGUGUCGGCCAUUUAUGUACCCUGGCCCUUUGUUCUGCAACAAUUACAUUCCCUUAUCCCACCACCUAGAGACUUAAGAAAUGCAUGGGGAAACUGAGGCACCCCUACAGUAUUUAGAGGAAACAUUAAGAACAGUCCCACUUCGUCACAGUUGGCACAGGAACAAAUGGGGAGAAACGGGCCAUGGGUAAACUGAGGCUGGACAUGAGAAGGACCCUCAGGGAAGGGAGGUUCUGAAGUGGCCACUGAGUAAGAGGAGUUGGGGGGAAAACAGGCUAACUGCUUUGAAGAUGGAGUUUCUGGAAGGAAUUAUAUGACAGGAUUGCCUUCACUAGCAGGGGCUGGACUCAGUGACCCAAUGGGUCACUUCCAAUCUAUUGGACUUUGGGUCAGUAACAUUUUGCUUUUAAACAUCCAAAGACCUUAAUUUGGGGCCACGUUGCCAGGGUACCACGUCUUCCAUCAGAAGAGCAGAUUGGGGAGGGGGACCCAUAAAGUGCUGCUUCAGCACAAGAAUUCUCCGGGGCAGAAAGCUUGCAGAUGGGGCCCCCUUGAAGUGGGGGAGCAAUGCACCACCAGCCACUUACUGAGUACUUGGAGAGGCCCCGGUGGCCCAGUGGCUAAUCGGCUACUGUUGGUUGUGCCUCAUUAAUUUCACUUCAACUUAUAUUAAAAUACUGAUUUUAAUCGUA